GCCAAUUGUAAUCCAGCCCCUGUGAAUAUCCUAUGCGCGGGGAAUACAGGCAUUGAGCGCGGCACGAAAAACAUAAGUGUUAUUGUUUGUGGAGGCUGCUAACUUCAUUCUUAUAGUUGGAAGAACUUCUGGCUCAUAUUGAUAAAAUGUGGAAUCAAGGAUCAUAUGGAGAGGCUAGCAUGGGUGGAGGAUACACUCAGUCACCAGGCGGCUUUGGCUCACCUGCAGCUUCCCAGGGAGGAGAGAAAAAAGGGAGGACACGGGCACAGCAGAUAGUCCCCUGCACAGUGUCACAGCUCAUGUCUGCAGCCCAGGCAGAGGAUGUCUUUAGAGUAGGCGAGGUGGAGGUUGCACAAGUCACUAUUGUUGGAAUCAUCAGAAGCACAGACAAAUCCAUGACUAACAUUCAGUACAAAGUGGAUGACAUGACAGCGGCUCCCAUGGAUGUAAAGCAAUGGGUAGAUACAGAGGAUCCCAGUGUGGACAGCUCAGUCAUUCCUCCGGACACCUAUGUCAAAGUCUCUGGCAAUCUGCGUUCGUUUCAGAAUAACAGGUCUUUGGUGGCAUUCAGUGUCCGGCCAUUAGAGGAUAUGAAUGAGAUCACAUCUCACAUGCUGGAGGUUGUACAAGCUCAUAUGCUGCUUAGCAAGCCACACAAUAUGACUGGAGGAGGAGGCGGCAUGAACAGCAGCAUGGUGCCUAUGUCCCGCCCUGGCCUGGGUGGCAUGGGCAUGAGUGGUAGUUACGCUGGUGCCAGUGCCAUGGCAAAUAAUGGAUUAAACCCUAAUCAAAAUCAGGUUUUAUGUCUUAUAAAGAGCUGCCCAGAACCUCAGGGGAUCAGUAUACAGGAGCUAAAACAAAGACUAAGUGGCAUGAGCAUGACUGUAAUCAGGCAGGUUGUGGACUUUCUCAGCAAUGAAGGACACAUUUUCUCUACUAUCGAUGAGGACCACUUCAGAUCAACAGAUCAAGAAGCCUAAGACCCAUCUUGCGACUUUAAGCACUGCAACAAUAAUAGUACACCUAAAUCUGUCUGUGCUCACACAUUGUAUUCACUUCCUCAACAAGUGCAAGAAGCAUAUACUGGACAGGAAAGAGUCGUGUCGUCGCCAACAUUCAAAAUGAGUGUAGUUUGCAAGCGGAAAUAGAAAAUCCAGAAAAGAAUAGCAAACAAGUGUUUUUUUGUAAACAUUUUAAUAUAAAUGUACACAUUAUCCUUUAAAAGACAUUUAUAUCGUUUAAUAAAUGGUUCAUUCUUUUUCUUCUUUA